AUGCCUCGAGUGGCUAACGUACCGCGCGCUGGCAGCGUCAGAGCGACCUCCGGGUCGAUGAACGCUUCGCCCUUCAAGAACUCCCCCGUCAAAAUCCCCCUCAACGACGAUGUGGAAGAGAAGGCCCGGAGAGCGCAAUCGCGCCAUGCUCUGCAAGAGCGCCAGAAGAACGAGCUGAAGGCUGCAGCUGCGACACCUUUGCGCAAGGGAAGACACAGCUUGGAGGAUAUCGAAAAUUCGCCCGGUGGCUCCCGGCCUAAGACGCCAGGUGCCCGCGGCAGUCGAGCCCGAACAGUCGUCGACGAAGAUGACGACGAUAUUGUCGUUAGCGGAAGCACAGUUACGCCUAUGAAGCGAGUCCCGAUUCUCGCAAACUUCGAAGAGUGGAUGAAGAUGGCCACGGACAACAAGAUCAACGCAAACAAUUCCUGGAACUUCGCGCUGAUUGACUACUUCCACGACAUGUCUCUGCUGAAGGAGGGUGAUGGAGUCAACUUUCAGAAGGCCAGUUGCACAUUAGACGGCUGCGUCAAGAUCUACACGAGCAGAGUUGACAGUGUCGCAACCGAGACCGGCAAGUUGCUGAGCGGUCUUGCGGACAGCAACAACAAGAAGAGAGACCGCGACGGUGAAGGAAACGAAGGUGAAGAGAGUGAAGAAGACGAGGUCGAUGAGGAUGGAAACGUCAGGAAGAAGCCAAAGCGAAAGACGCAACGUUCGUCAGAGGCCACUCUUGCACCUAGCUUCUCGUCACUCCAACUCAAGAAGUUCGAGCUUGAGUUCGCCGUGGAUCCCUUGUUCAAGAAGACCUCCGCAGACUUUGAUGAGGGCGGUGCCAAGGGCUUGCUCCUUAACCACCUCAUGGUAGAUGCCCAGGGACGCAUCGUAUUUGACAGCAGUGACGACGUCGGCGAUGCGCACACCUCAAAGACAAGAAAGAAGGAUACCGCGGCUGAUCAAGACGAGGAAGAGGGUACUCCUGAACCAUCCAUGGUCGAGGAGCCCGAGCCGGAGGAGGAGACUGAAGACGUAGAGAUCGAUCUCGGUUCUCUUGGUUCUAAGUUCUUCCCCGAACUGAACAUUCUGGACGAGCUUGAUGUCUGCCCAUCGUUGAAGACCUUCGACCUUGGCAACCCCUCCGGUUCUCUGGAUAUUCCCUUCCUCAGGGCACCAGAGGACUGGAGAGGUGACCAGGACAAGGAGAAGACGGCUGAUUUGCUUGGUGAUAACUCUGGCAUGUUCAUUGACGGUGACAACGCCGCUGGUUUCGAUGAUGACGAUCUCGGUCUCGGUGGAUUUGACCUGGGCGCGGAUGUCGCAUUCGGCGAGGGUGGUGAGGCGUGGGCUAGGGAAGCUGCGCUUGAGCCGCAAAUGCGCGUAUACGACGCCGGUCUCAACAACGACGGCGGUGAAGGUGGUGACGUUGAGAUGCUGGACCAGGACAAUGGCGACUAUGUCAUAUCCAUGAGCCACGCGCAGAAUGCCGACAAGAUGCAUGAGGACAUCCUGGGGUACUUCGACCAGGCCCUGCAGAAGAACUGGACCAGCGCCGAGCACUGGAGAAUCAGGAAAAUCAAGGACAUCAACAAGCCAGCAGCUCCAGCCCGGCAACGCAAGGAGAAGGAGCCGUUCGAGAUCGACUUCUCCGCGCCGCUGGAUAACAACCUGGCUGACGCGCUGUACACAAAGGCCACCAGCAACUCCGCAAUCUCCAUGCCAAAGAAGGACUGGAUCUCCAAAUCAAGGAAUCUCCUGCCUGACGACAAGCACUUCAACUCCAAGUCUCUUCUUAAUCUUUUCCUCAAGCCCAAGGCCCGUCUCAGCAAAAGACGUGUCCUUGGCACCAGAGGCGGCGCCUUCGGAAGCGGCGGCCAGGACAGAGACGUCCCGGCAGGCGAGAUGGACGAGGCGUUCUGGGCCAAUCAGAAAGAGCCGCUGCACGGCGCCGAAGAGACGGACACGUUGCCGCAAGGCGACUACGACGCCAACUUCUUCCAGGAUGACGCACUUCCCUUCGCUGGUGGUCUGGAAGAUGAGGAUGAUGAGUUCGCAGACGCUCGCGAGCACUUCUCGCCUACCGCAGAGGGCGACCCCGGUGUUACUGAGACUGCGGGUAUGACUGCUCUCCUCGGCAGCGACGCAGCGACGAAUGCCCUAACCGGCGCCUUUGGCACGACGCUAGUCACCCAAACGCGCCGUCUGCGGCCAGACUAUGUGCAAUACGCACGUGUGGCCAAGCGGGUGGAUGUAAGACGUUUGAAGGAGGAAAUCUGGAAGGGCAUGGGCCUCGAAAGCCUUGAAGCUGAAAACCUUCCCACACCAACCCCGCCCGAGGACCCGUCCAAGGACCCAACGCUAAAGUUCACCGAUGUCAUGAACAACCUCCAAUCAGUAUACCCCAGGCCGAUGAUGGAGGACAUCUCUACGAGUUUCUGCUUCAUCAGUCUGCUGCAUUUGGCUAACGAGAAGGGUCUCGUCGUCGAGAAGACGCCCGAUCUCACGGAGCUGAUGAUCAAAAAGGACUGGACGGCCGAGAUCACGGCUGGCGGAGACUAA